GCGCGAGGGCGAGGCGGAGCCUGCUAAAGUUGGAGGCUGCCUAGCUAGCUGGUCGCCUGGGGAAUCUUAAGGAGUUCUUGCAAAUUUUGCUUCCCGUUCCAAAGCACGUUUCUAGAUCACCGUGAUGACUCCACAGAAGUUGAUGAGAGCUGUUAGAGUUUUUCAAUUUGGUGGACCAGAAGUGCUGAAACUCCAGUCAGAUGUUGCAGUACCCAUUCCAAAAGACUCUGAGGUUCUAAUCAAGGUCCAUGCGUGUGGUGUCAACCCCGUGGAGACAUACAUUCGCUCUGGUACUUACAGUAGAAAACCAGCCUUACCCUAUACUCCUGGCUCAGAUGUGGCUGGAGUGAUAGAAGCUGUUGGAGAUAAUGUAUCUGCUUUCAAGAAAGGUGACAGAGUUUUCACUACCGGCACGAUCUCUGGGGGCUAUGCAGAGUAUGCUCUUGCAGCAGAUCACACAGUUUACAAACUGCCUGAAAAACUGGACUUUAAACAAGGAGCUGCCAUCGGUAUCCCAUAUUUUAGUGCUUAUCGAGCUCUGAUCCACAGUGCCCGUGCAAAAGCUGGAGAAACUGUUCUGGUUCAUGGGGCUAGUGGAGGAGUUGGAAUAGCAACAUGCCAAAUUGCGAGAGCUUAUGGUAAAGGUUUUGGUACAGCUAGUACUGAAGAGGGACAAAAGAUUGUUUUGCAAAAUGGAGCCCAUGUGUUAAACCACAAAGAAGUUAAUUAUGUUGAUAAAAUUAAGACAAUCUGUCUGGUAGAAGGAAUUGAUGUGAUUAUUGAAAUGUUAGCUAACGUAAAUCUUAACAAGGAUUUGAAUCUUCUGUCAUAUGGAGUUGUUGGCAACAGAGGAACUAUUGAAAUAAACCCACGGGACACCAUGGUAAAGGAGUGCAGUAUAAUUGGAGUUACUUUGUUUGCCACAACCAAGGAGGAAUUUCAGCAGUUUGCAGCAGCCCUUCAAGCUGGAAUGGAAGUUGGUUGGUUGAAACCUGUAAUAGGUCCUCAGUAUCCGUUGGAGAAGGUAGCGCAGGCUCAUGAAAAUAUCAUUCACAGCAGUGGGGCUGCUGGGAAAAUGAUUCUUCUCCUAUGAUGAUUCAUUCUUACAUGGAUUUCCUAUGUAAUUAGAGCUUAUCUUUCCCCCAGUUUUAUUUACACUAUCUUUUCUUUAACAUUUAUUUUAUUUAGUGAGUUUCUUAUGUGAAAAAACAAGAUUUUUCUUUAGAGAGCAGAGGCAGUGGAGUAAAAUUUAUUUGCUAGCUGGAAGUAUUGUUUUAUGCUUUCUAUCUCAAAGUCAUUAUAGUAGGAAAUAGCAUGUUAGUGGUCAUUUGACAUUGAGGUGCAUUGCAGAAAUUCUUAACUGAUACUUGAUUGAUUCCAUACCUUUGAUUGAAACAUGCUAAUUCAAA